CCUCCCUGCCAACUUUGCCAUUCCAUUCUCUCUCUCCCUCCCUCUCUCUCUCUCUCUCUCUGUGGCUUCGUCUGUCUCCGGAUUGGCGAUUGAUAUCUUCGCAUUGCGACGCCCUCUGCUUAGGGCGUAGAAUUCGAUCAGAAAAUUGAAGUUUCAUUCUGUUGCGGAGAACUUUGCACCCUGAACUGAAGUUACAAUGAAGAAGGCAUUUGAUCAAACAGUUCGGGAAAUUAAGAGGGAGGUGAAUAAGAAAGUUCUUAAAGUUCCUGGAGUGGAGCAGAAGGUUCUUGAUGCUACUAGCAAUGAGCCCUGGGGUCCUCAUGGAUCGCUUCUUUCUGAAAUUUCACAGGCUACGAGAAACUAUCAUGACUACCAGUUGAUCAUGACAGUAAUCUGGAAGCGUCUUAAUGAUACUGGCAAGAAUUGGCGCCAUGUCUAUAAGGCCUUGAUCGUGCUGGAAUAUUUGGUCGCACAUGGGUCAGAGCGUGUUAUAGAUGAGAUCAGAGAACAUGCAUAUCAAAUAUCAACGUUGUCCAAUUUUCAAUAUAUUGAUUCCAGUGGUAGGGAUCAGGGAAGCAAUGUCAGAAAGAAAUCUCAGUGUCUUGUUGUUCUAGUAAAUGAUAAAGAAAGAAUACAAGAAGUGCGACAGAAGGCUGCUGCUAACCGCGACAAGUUUCGCAGUGCAUCAUUGGGUGGUAUGUAUAGGCCAAGUUCAUAUUACAGUACAGGAGGCUAUGGUGACCGAUAUGAUGAUGAUCGUUAUGGAGGUCGUCACGGGUACAGAGAUGAUGACUGGAAUGGUUAUGGGAGAGAAAGAGAACGGGGCUACAGGGAUGAUGACCACUAUGGUAGAUAUGGGGAGUCAUAUGGUCAUGAUGGAGAUCGCUAUGGUAGAGAUUCUGGUGAACGCUACAGCAGAGAUGGUUACCGGGAGGAUGAUUACUGGGGAAGAAGUCAAAGCAGCGACGAUUACCGGCAUGGAUCAAUUAGGAGUUGUGACAAAGAAAGGGACCGUGCUUAUGAAGAUGAUGGUAAAAAUUCACUUAGCAGAGGAAAUGGCACCAGAGCUGAUGAGCAUUCUCAAGAUGCAAGUUCUUCAGGCAGGCGACAUGAAUGGAAACUUUCGGAACAAAAUCUUGGUGCUCCUCCUAGUUAUGAAGAAGCUGUGGGUGAGGCUCAGUACCCUGUUCAUGUUGAAAGGAAAGGAGAAACUUCAGCAGCAUCUCCUCCCAAAAUGUCUCCUCCUACAAGCACUAGCCCGAGCCAUGCAAGCUUUGCACCCAGCACAUCUGCAGCACCUGCUUCUGCUGCUGCUUUUGCUUCUCCAAAAAAGGAAGCUGAUGGUUUUAAUGACUUUGAUCCACAAAGCCGAUUUUCAGCUCCCGCAGCUACUGCAAAUGGUGCAGAAGUGGACUUGCUUGGCUCUUUGUCAGAGCCUUUUUCCUCCGACCAAUUGGCAAUUGUGCCAGUUGCAAGUGGACCUACAGCCUCGGAUGUGAAUUCAUCAGCAGCAGACAUCAGCAAUGGGUCUACAUUUGCAGCCACAGCAACAGGAUCCCCUGUUACAAAUCAGUUUCUUCUGGUGCAGCCUUUUGAAGAUCCAUUUGGUGAUGGUCCUUUUAGAGCUCUCUCUGCUAUAGAUGGUGACCCAGCUCAAUCGCCUAGUAAUGCUUCCUUCCAUCCUAGCACCAACCAAAGAUCUGAACUGCCUCAACCAAUUGCUCAAACUCUCUCUAGCCAGAAUACUGAUAUUUUAGCAGAUAUUUUGCCACCGUCUGGAUCUUCACAUCUUGUGGCUUCAGAGACAGGUUUUCCAACUCAGGAUGGCCAACCCACAUCAUUCUCAGGUUUUCCAGCGCAGGCACCCCAACCUGCACCAAUGACUGUUUGUGCUGCUCAAGCCAGCCAACCUGCACCGCAGAUGAACUUCCCAUCUCUAACUGGCCAACCUACAACGCAUUCUGAUUUUCCAGCUCAAAUUGGCGAUCAAUCAGAGACUGAUUUUUUGGCUCAAGCUGGCCACCCGGCAACAUCACUGACUGGCUAUUUGGGCCAAGCCAACCAGCCUGCACCACUGACAGCCUUUUCAGCUCAAACAAGUCAACCGGGAUCCCUAACAGGUUUUCCUGGACAGUCAAGUCCUCAUUUUUAUGGGAACUUCCUCCAACAGCAAGGAUCUACAGCUUCGCACUUUGCAUAUCAAAACAAUGGCGGAUCAACCACACAAUACCAUACUGCAAACUUCCUUCCCCUAACAAGUCCUGCUGCACCCAUCGCUUCUCAAAUGGCUCCUCAAACUCCAGUUGGACCACCAACACAAAAUAACGCCAUGAGCUAUCAGCCCCUUCUUCCGCCUUCAACAGGAUCAUUGGUUACAGUUCCUCAACCAGCCAAGGAAAAGUUUGAACCCAAGUCUGCAGUUUGGGCAGAUACCCUGAACCGAGGGCUAGUCAACUUGAAUAUAUCUGGCCCUAAAACAAAUCCACUGGCAGAUAUUGGAGUUGAUUUUGAAGCAAUGAACCGUAAGGAAAAGAGGAUGGAGAAACCUACAACAGCUACUGUGACAUCAACUGUUACCAUGGGCAAAGCUAUGGGAUCUGGUUCUGGGAUAGGCCGAGCUGGUGCUGGUGCCCUUAGGCCGCCACCAAACCCCAUGAUGGGUCCUGGCAUUGGUAUGGGAGGCUAUGGAGGAGUGAAUCAACCAAUGGGUACGGGCAUGGGUAUGGGCUUGGGCAUGGGCAUGGGUAUGGGCAUGGGCAUGGGAAUGAAUAUGGGUAUUGAGCAAGGAUCUCAAAUGCCACCAUAUGGGUUUCCUCCUGGAUCCGCCAUGCCCGGUGGAUACAAUCCAACGAUGGGGAGUAGUAGUUUUGCUUCCCAACAACCGUUUGGUGGUGGAUACCGAUGAGGUUGAGCGAGCAACCAUGCAUCGAGAUCAGAAAAGCUUUCGAGCAGUCGAUGAUGUAAAAAUGGGCAUGGGAAGCAGACCCGGAGUUGCUCUUAAAUCUGUCACUGAAUUCUUGGUCCUGCUGUUGAUGUUUGAAUUUUGUUUCAUUUUAUCUCAUUCAAUAUUUAUCAGUUUUUGAGUUUCUGGAAUCUGCUUGUAGAGAUGUAUUUGUCACUCAUUGGAAGUUUCUCUUAGUUGCAGACCAGACACCCUAUUGUUUAUGUCUUUUGGGUCGUAAGAGUUGUUGCAGAUGCGCUGCUGCUUGUCUUGGGUGGUGAAGACUGAAUCAGAAAAAGCUCUAUACACAGGGGAUCGCCUCUCUCAGGUGUCUCUUCCCUUCACUAUCCAUUCAUUUUAUUGUCAUUUGUAAGAAUUUGAUUGUGUGCCCCAUUCUUGCUGAAAGCAAUAAAAAAUUGAUAAUUCAUUCU